GAUAACCUUUCACCCGCAUUUGUAUGUCGGCUGAGCCUGAUGUCGCCGUUAGCAAUUGGUUGAUCAGCGGCAUGACAUUUGAUGGGAGGAACACUACUAGCUAGCAGCAAUCAAACAAGCUAGGCUAACUAGACGUCUUAAGAUCAUAACAUUUAGCUACAUCUGUGGGGAAUCUCUUCAAAUUUGUUGUUGCUUUAUCACAGCUAUGACAUAUUAUUCUUGAUGAUGACCUUACCAUUUUUGUAAACACCUAUCCAACAAGAGUGCUGCUAGUCUGAUGAAGGGGCGUCUCUGGGAGGCAGGAUGCAACAGAAGAGGAACAUACAGAUAAUCGAAUGGGAGGACCUCGACAAGAGGAAGUUCUACUCUUUUGGGGUGUUCAUGACCAUGUCCAUAAGGGCCACGGUAUACCCCGCCACCCUAAUACGCACCCGGCUACAAGUGCAAAAGGGCAAGUCGCUUUACAAUGGGACUUUUGAUGCCUUCUUUAAGAUCUUGCGCUCCGAGGGAGUGCGGGGCCUCUACCGAGGAUUCAUGGUCAAUACCUUCACGCUAAUAUCAGGCCAGGCAUACAUCACAACCUAUGAGCUGGUCAGGAAGUAUGUUUCCAAAUAUUCUAAUGACAAUACCAUAAAGUCACUGGUGGCUGGUGGCUCAGCUUCCCUGGUCGCCCAGAGCAUCACUGUCCCAAUUGAUGUGGUUUCUCAGCAGCUUAUGAUGCAGGGACAAGGUGAGCACCUGACUCGCUUCCAGAUCAAGCCCAGAGUGGAAGGUGGAAAGGCCAAAAUUACGUUUGGCCAAACCAGGGACAUAAUUGCGCAGAUUUUUGCUGCCGAUGGCUUUCGCGGUUUUUACAGGGGAUAUGUGGCCUCUCUGCUCACUUACAUCCCAAAUAGUGCCGUCUGGUGGCCUUUUUAUCACUUGUAUGCAGAACAGCUUUCCAAAAUGGCACCCAGUGACUGCCCUCAUCUGAUUCUGCAAGCCAUGGCUGGACCACUUGCUGCUGCAACUGCAUCCACUGUCACCAACCCUAUGGAUGUGGUUAGAGCUAGAGUACAGGUUGAAGGCAGGACCUCCGUCAUUGAGACGCUGAAGCAGCUGAUAGUUGAGGAGGGAUUCUGGGGGAUGACCAAAGGCCUGUCGGCUCGCAUCAUAUCCUCCACUCCCACAGCAAUCGUCAUGGUGGUCGGAUAUGAGACCCUAAAGAAACUGAGUUUGCGACCAGAACUGGUGGACUCUAGACACUGGUAGAAGGCACUUUGUUGAUGUCAGCACAGUUCCAUUUUGGCCCCUGGGGUUUGCAUCCAGAGGUGGUCUCGCAUACAUAAAAGGAUUGGACGGGAUAAACUAAAAUAGUUGCAGAUUGAAGGUUUAGGGGCCAAAAUGGAAAUGAGCCAGAAUCUCUCUGCUCUCUUCCUUCAUUAUGGCUUCCUUGUCUUUUAAUUAAGUUCAUUUAUUUUUGCCUUUUUUGAACGGUUGCCUUUUUAGUAAAUUGUGGAGAGUUGUAUCAACUCAAUUUUGGAUUAUAAUCUGUGUGUGACUCCAUAGUGGCUCAUUUACUUUAUGGUUACCCCAAAUGUGAAACAGAAUCUCUUACAUUUAACAUUUGUAUGCAACUAUAGGGUAUCUACGUUAACUUGCUGCCCAAUGUAACCAUUUAUCUCCCCCCAUACUUGGUAGUAGAAUUAGAAACUCAAAUUCUAUACUUAACUUGAUACUUACCAUUACUGCAUUGACAACCAAAAAUUGGUCAAGUAAAAAUGUUAUUGCCAUACACUAGACUUGUUGGGUUUGGUGCUUAGUGUGGUUUUAAGAAUGCUGGAUCACCAGCAAACUACUCUGUAAAGGAAACCAUGUCAAAUGGAAGUGUGUCAGGUGUAAGAAAUUACAAGUUAUGAUUUUGUGUAUUGUAUCAGUAAAUCACUGGAGUGCAAUCAGUGUGAAUUAAGUCUGAUCAUUUGGGCUUCAAAUGCAGUUGUAGUUUUUUAGAAAUAUAGUCUUUGACAUAAAUCCCUUUUAAGUUGUUUUUGUAAUAUCGUCAUUGAUAUUGAUCAAAUGACAAUUGAGGCCAUAAUAAUUUAUUGUUAUGAUUUUUAGACACUGUCUUUGUAAAGAAAUUGUAUAUGAGUGACCAUUUUAAAGGGACAGCGCACCCAUUGGAUAUCUAUUA